AUGUCUCCCCCAAUGAUCGUCUCGACAGCAUACGCCCCUUACCACGCCGAUGACUUCGCCAAUGGAAUGCUCGUUCGCUACGAACAGCGUGUGGUCGAUACCACGAUCGCCAUCCUACGCUUCCGGGCCGGCCUCGAUGUCUUCCGUCCUAAUCAGCCUUGUAUCAACAAACCCCUCUACCUCGUCCGCUGGCGAGGCGCGGAGCCUCGCCGCGGCGAGCUAUUGUGGGCCAUCCGAGAGCAGGACGCGGCUGGGACCGCCAUACUCGUUAUGAGGGGCGUAGUGCGCCCAUCAACUCGUCCGAUACUCGUGCAGCCGCACAUCACCAACCUCACGAUCCUCAACGUCGCGCCACCGGCAGAGGUUGAGGAUGCGACACCAGAGCAGCCAUCAGCGGCGCCAGCUGUUCAGCGCUACCCGCCACACGAGGCUCAGGCGGUUUCUACAGUUAUCGGCACCCAGGAUCCACCCCCUGCACCAGUCAAGGAGGAGGAUCGCCCCGUCAACAUCGCGACGGGCGAAGAGCGUGAGACCAUUGACUUGACGAUGAGCGAUGACGAGGAGGACAUCAAGCCGACCAUUCACGAACUUGAAGAACAGGAAGCGUCGACUUCCUCUCGGCCUGCACGGCCGACACUGGGGGUGCAGAUGAAGCUCGCGACAUGUCCCAGCAAAGCCGAGAUACGCGCGAUGGUACGAUAUGUCGCGAGCAAGCCUUCCGGCACUGACAUGAGGAAGCCGGAGCAAUGGAUGGACUUUGACCCGCGGAGGGGAAUCUUUGCAUGGGCAAAGAUAUACACCAAGCGCAAGGAUGAUAUUGGGCGUCUUGUCGUCGACCUGAGGCGGAAGAACAGGUGUAAGAGGAUGACCGACGUGAAGCAGGGGCAGUAG